AUGUCCUCUCCCUCCGAGGAGCGCAAGACCUUCCAUCUACAAGAGAAGCAAGAGGGGAAACCAUCCAAUUCCGACGAAGUGACCCCUACCUCCGACGAUGACACAUACGUCCACGAUAGCCACCCCCACCCCGAAGACCGUGGCGACCGGCUAAAAGUCGAUACCUCCCUCGCCGACGAGCAUGCCCCUCUUAUGAGCACACCAUCGGCGCGUCGCGAGCAAUAUACUCGCCUGGAAGAUGAUUUGAUGCUGUUGCAGGCCGAGCGAGUGGCUUCGCGUUCGACCCAGGGUGAACAUGGUGAAGGUGAACGGAACUCGAUGAGUCGAUCGCGAUCGCGAUCGCGUCGCAGUGAGGCCGUGGACGAGUUCGAUGAGGCGACAAACCCGCUUCAUGAGAAGGCGGCUGUCUAUAAACCCCCCGAGAGCCCCAACACCAAGCUCUCGGCCUUGGUCAAGAAGAUUCACCAGUCCAGCUUUAUCGUUCGGUACCUGACAUAUAUCCUGCCUGUGGUGUUGAUUCUCUUGGUUCCUUUGCUCGUUGGAGCUCUCAAGUUCACUGAUGCCAGUGUUGGCGGCGUUGAACUGAUGUGGUUUGCGAUCUGGUUGGAAAUCGUGUGGUUAACCCUCUGGGCCGGUAGAAUAGUUGGAAAGUGUAUUCCUCCCGUGGUCAGUGUCUUGGCCAGUAUCUUCACCAACAAUGCGAAAAAGUGGCGCGAUAUGGCGUAUCAGCUCGAAUUACAUGCUGCCCUCUUCUUCUGGUGGUUGGGCGUGGAGAUUUCUUUCCUGCCAACCAUGAAGAACCACCACGUCGAUGGCGACAAAGGCACUCGUAGCUGGGAAAAUACGGUGAACAAGAUUAUUAUCGUCAUCUUCGUCUGGACUAUUCUCAACCUCAUCGAGAAGAUCAUUAUUCAGCUCAUCGCCAUCAGCUUCCAUCUGCGUACCUAUGCCGAUCGCAUCGAGAUCAAUAAGUUCCAAAUCGGCAGCCUCGUCAAGCUCUACGCAUGGUCACGUGAUCGUAUCGAAGAAACCGACGAAGCUUUCCAAGAGAAGCAAGACGACGGGACUCCAAGUGGCGUCAAAACUCCCUUGCGGUACGCUGGAAUGGCACACCGGGCUGCCAAGGGUGCGUUGAGCAAGGCUGGCAACAAGGUGGCCGAUAUGGCGGGUGCCGUUGCGGCUGAUUUCACGGGCCGCAAGGUCCACACUAGCACUGAUCCCUACCAGGUCAUUCGUACCUUGCUACGAACCACAUCGGGCUGCCAGGUUCUGGCUCGUCGUUUGUAUCGUACUUUUGUUCGAGAUGGAUUCGAGACUGUCUUCUCCGGUGACCUCAAGGAGGCUUUUGACAACAGCGAAGAGGCCGAGGCUGCCUUUUCUAUGUUUGACCGUGACAUGAACGGUGAUAUCUCGAUGGAGGAGCUAGAGUCCGUUUGUGUAGACAUUGGCCGUGAACGCAAGUCGAUCACUGCCUCGUUGAAAGACCUUGACUCGGUCGUCUCUAAGUUGGACGAUAUCUUCAUGUUUUUCGUCCUUGUCAUUGUUAUUAUCGUCUUCUUGUCUCUUAUCUCAACCUCUGCUGCUGGUGUUCUUACUUCGGCUGGCUCUAGUAUCCUGGCUCUUUCUUGGUUGUUCUCUGCCACGGCGCAGGAGUUCCUCCAGUCCGUUAUCUUCGUCUUCGUCAAGCACCCCUUUGAUGUCGGUGACCGUGUGACUAUCUAUGGCAACGCUGGUGAUGCUGGUCUGGGCGAUGAUUAUUUCGUCAAGGAAAUUACCCUUCUGUACACGGAAUUCAAGAAGAUGCAGGGCCAUGUUGUGCAGGCACCUAAUAGCUAUCUCAACGGUCUUUUCAUUCUCAAUCAACGUCGCUCCGGUGCUCUCGCCGAAGCCAUCCCCAUCAUCAUCAAGUACGGCACCACCAUCGAUCAGAUCGAUGCUCUCCGCCAGCGACUCUUGGAAUUCGUGCGCAGUGAAAAGCGCGACUUCCAGAGCAACAUCCUGACCGAGUUACGUGCCGUUACCGAAAACUUCUCGCUCACUCUCAACGUCGUCUUCUUCUACAAGUCCAACUGGCAAAAUGAGGGUCUGCGUCUGCAGCGUCGCAACAAGUUCAUUUGUAUGCUCAUGAUUGCCCUCCAGGAGAUCGGCAUCGAGGGCCCACGCAUGAACCUCCAGGGCGCAAAUGUCGACAUCCCCUUCCAUGUGAACUACGCUCAGCCCAUGAUGGCACCUACUCCAAAGAAGGAAGACGACGUUCAAGAGGUCGAGGAGGUGCCCAUCGGAAAGGAAUCUGGUUCGUUAGCGGAAAACACUGGCACCAGCAGUGCAGUCCGCCAGCACUCUAUCCUACGCAAGGGAAUGAUCACUGCUGCUGCCCGCGCCCGUGGCCAGUCCACGUCGCGUAAGCAUGUCGACUUCUCUCUCGGCAUGUCCGACAUGUCCUCUAACGACAUCAUGGGCGAUGUGUUUGAAGAUCGUGGCGUGCGCGUCGAUGAUGUCAUCCGCACCACAAAUCGAGAGACUCAAGAGCGGCGUAUCCAGGAGGCCGUAGAGGAAGAACAGGAAGAGCGCCGCAGCCACGGUUCUUCAUCACGCAUGUCAUCGCGCCACCGCCGUCCUUCAAAUUUGAGUGCCCCAUCACGCGGUCGCCCUUCAACCGAGGCUCCUAGCUUCAAGAGCGGCACCUCGUCGACUCGGAAUCGCUUCUUCCGCCACCGCCCCAGUGUCACCCACGACCGAGACGAUCUAAUGGAACAGGGACGCGUGGAUUCGCCUCCCCCGCAGCCGUCGUGCAACCCACGCAGCAGCAGCAGCAUCACGACCGACCGUAUUAAAAGUUUCCGCAGCAAGUGGUUGCAUCACGGUGGAAUUUCUUGA